CGGCCCCGCCCCCGCGCCGUGACGCCCGCGGGGCGGGGCGGAAGUGAGCGGGCGGCGGUGGCGGAAGUGGCUGCGCGCGUCGGGGGCUCAAGAUGAAUUCCAGAGGCACUGCUUCUCUGUUGAAGGAUAGCAUCUCGUUUACAGAAGCCUCAGCUUCAGGGCUAUUUGAAGGUCAUGAUCUUCUGCGCAGAGGCUUUACAAGUGUGAAAAGUGAAUUGUUGCCCAGCCACCCACUGGAGUUGACAGAAAAGAAUUUCCAGUUAAAUCAAGAUAAAACAAACUUUGCCACACUGAGAAACAUCCAAGGAAUUCAUGCACCUUUAAAGCUGCAGAUGGAAUUCAGAGCAGUGAAACAGGUCCAGCGUCUACCAUUUCUUCACAGCUCAAACAUGGCAAUGGAUAUUUUGAGGGGAAAUGAUGAGUGCAUUGGUUUUGAGGAUAUCCUUAAUGAUCCUUCUCAGAGUGAGAUUAUGGGAGAACCACACAUGAUGAUGGAGCACAAGCUCGGUUUAUUGUAACAAAAUAUACUUCACAAAAAUGUUUUGUGUGUGUCUUUCUAGUGCAGAUCUAAGUACAUGGUACUAAAUUGACACUCACAGUGUUAAGCAGACUUAGCUAUCACUUGCCUUCCUUAAUGAAAAGGCACAUUAAAUGUUUAAAGUCUAUAAAUUGUUCUGUGCUUGUUCAUCAAUCAUACAAAUGUCCUGUAACUAGGUAGUUUAAAUAAUGCCUUUUCAUAAACUGCUCAGGACAAUAGCUUCUUAAAUAUGGAACUGCUAUAUGUGUAUACAAGAAAUUCAAAAAUACCCAGGCAUUUUAAAACUGACUACUGUGGUAAAUGCAUUUAAUGGGGGAGAGGAAGGUAUUUUCCGUUGCAUAACUCUUUGUUCAUGAAAAUUUCCACACACUUUUUAAACUAUUGAAUAAAAGUUUGCAAUAAAUGGUGUUGUGUUCCAAAAUAUAUUUAAUUCUAAAUCAAGAAUCUGUUA